AUGGCCACUGAAGAUGACGACACCGUUUUCCCCUCCGCGGAGUGUCUGGCCUCCGUUCCGCUCGCAGACGCUCCCAUUCUCUUGUUCGUUUGCUUCCACAAGGCUGUCCGCUCCGAGCUAUCCGAGCUGCGCCAAUUGGCGGCGGCGGCGGCUGAGAGUGAUUCCCACGGUCGGGAACUGGUGCUCGAGCUUCGACAGAGAUUCGAGUUUCUGAAACUUGUUUGUAAGUACCACACUGCUGCGGAAGAUGAGGUUAUCUUCCUUGCACUAGACGUCCACAUUAAAAAUGUGGCAUCCACAUAUUCACUUGAGCAUGAAAGCUUUGAUGAGCUCUUCAAUUCUAUUUUUCAUUGCUUGGAUGUUCUAUUGGAGGAAGAAAAGAAUAUUUCCAAACCAUUUCAAGAACUCAUUUGUUGCAUUGGCACCAUCCAGACGUCAAUUUUCCAGCAUAUGUUGAAAGAAGAACAACAGGUUUUUCCAUUGCUGAUGCAGCAAUUCUCUUCGAAAGAACAGGGUUCACUUGUGUGGCAGUUCAUAUGCAGUGUUCCAGUAAUUCUGAUAGAGCAAUUUUUGCCAUGGAUGAUGUCGUUUCUUUCUCUGGAGGAACAAUUGGAUGUUAAUCACUGUAUAAAAGAAAUUGUACCCAGAGAAAAAACGUUGCAAGAGGUGGUGAAUUCUUGGCUUGGUAAUGAUGAUCAACCCUCCUGCCGUUCCUACACCAGUGUUGGAAAAGACAUUCAAUGUCCUGAUGGAUCUGCAGAUAUGAGAGGGAAACUCAAAAUGCAUUUAUCUAAAUGGUCUAUUAGUGAAAACUGGGAUUGGAUAAAGGCACGCUUUAUCCAAACAGAUGUUGGACAAAAUCUGAUUGAUUGUCUUAAUAUUUGGCGUGGUGCCAUCAGGAAAGAUUUGAAAGAAAUUCUGGAAGAGCUAUAUCAAAUCAGAAGCUCAGGCUGUUUUUCAGAUUUAGAUUCAAUAGUUAUCCGGCUAAAAUUCCUUGCUGAUGUCCUUAUCUUCUACGGCAAUGCCUUGAAGACAUUUUUUUACCCUGUGCUAAAUCGACUUGCCAAUUGCUGCCUGCCUCCCUCUGACGAGCAAUUCCUCAAUGGUCAUCAUAUUGAAGGUCUACUUCUGCUGCUACAAUACAACCCUCAAAAUGGUACAUCGUUGAGCAUGUUUCUGGAGAAUCUUUGCAGGGAACUUGAGUCUUUCUUGUUGGAAGUGAACAAACAGUUUGCCUUUCAAGAAAUGGAGGUAUUUCCCAUUAUUAGCAAGAACUGCAGCCAUGAAUUGCAGCAGAGACUUCUGUAUAUGAGCCUUAAUAUAGUGCCACUUGGAUUGCUUAAGUGUGUAAUCAUGUGGUUUUCAGCUCAGUUAUCUGAGGAUGAAUCCAGGUCCAUUCUUCACAGCGUAAAGCAGGGAGAUUCUUUUGUAAAUAAAUCUUUUGCAUCCCUCUUACACAAGUGGUUUCAAACUGGUUACUCAGGAAAGACCUCUAUUGAAAAACUACGAGAGGAUUUGCAGAGCAUUUUCAAGAGCAGAUGCUCUUUUGUAUCCGAGCAAAUCAAGGAAGUCUUUGGGUCUUCUUUAGCCUCGGGCAUGAAACUUCCUGAAGGAUCUAACCCAGGGCCAACUGAACCACCCUCCGCCAACAAGGGCAGUGACGGUUUUUCUUCAUCUUCAAGCCUCCACCCUGCCAAGAAGUCUGAGACAUCCUACUCCAGUGGAGUCAAUCUGCACAUAUUUUUCCCUGAAACAAUAAAGAUAAUAAAUCCUCUUCCUAAGUUUCCUGGUGAUGAUGGUGGUUCCAGUUCCAUUAUCAAUGAACCAAAACCGGUGGAUAUCAUCUUUUUCUUCCACAAGGCUCUCAGGAAAGAUUUGGAGUACCUUGUCACCGGUUCAGCCCAGUUGGCUGAAAAUUUAGGCCUUAUCAUUGACUUCCGUCGGCGAUUUGACCUCAUACGUGUUCUAUAUCAGAUCCACAGUGAUGCAGAGGAUGAGAUUGCUUUUCCAGCUUUGGAGGCAAAGGGGACAGUCCAAAACAUAAGCCACUCCUAUACCAUUGAUCACCAACUGGAAGUUGAACACUUCAGUAGAAUAUCGCUCAUUUUAGAUAAGAUGUAUGAGUUGCAAGUUUCAGUUUCUAGUGCUGAUUCAAAUACGCUGGAUCAAAGAAUGCUGAAGCAUCAUCAACUGCGUAGGAGGCUGCAUGACAUGUGCAAAUCAAUGAAUAAAGCACUCUCCAACCAUAUUCACCGUGAAGAAGUUGAACUUUGGCCCUCAUUUAGAGAGAGCUUCUCCAUUGACGAGCAAGAAAAAAUCAUAGGACGCAUGCUUGGAAGAACAAGAGCAGAAGUAUUGCAAGAUAUGAUACCCUGGCUCAUGGCAUCUUUGACAGUUGAAGAACAGCAUACUCUGAUGUCCUUAUGGCGCAAGGCUGUGAGAAAUACAAUGUUUGAUGAAUGGUUAGGGGAAUGGGGUGAAGAAUACGAUGUAGCAAAGGUGGUAGAGGAAUCAAGCAUCUCACCUUCAUGGACUGCAGAUCCACUGGAGAUUAUAUCAACUUAUCUGGCUAAAGAAGUCAUUCACGAAGAAAAUGAAGGAAUCAUUGCUGAAAAGAAGAGUGAUUUUCCACAAAGAGAUCAUGUUGAUUUAGAUGUCGAGACAUUUAAAAACUGCGAUGUGGAUGAUAAAGAAAAGGUCCUGAAUACAGAUCAAAAUAAUUAUGAAUGUUCAGUAUGUACAAAACCUUCCAGUGACAGUGACAAAAAGAGAUGCUGUGAAGUGGCAGAUGCCACAGACCAGAUUGAUAAAUCGGGCCAAGAUUUUCAAUUACCUAAGUCUUCUGUGAUCUGUGAACGCCUUCUGAGAAUGAGUCAAGAAGAUCUGGAGGCUGCAAUUAGAAGAGUAUCUCGAGAUUCUUCCUUGGGUCCUCAGAAAAAAUCAUAUAUAAUCCAAAAUCUGUUAAUGAGCCGUUGGAUUGUUAGACAACAGAUAUCCCAUCCAGUUUCAAGUAAUGGGGAAGACAUUUCCAAUCAGCAUCCAUCUUAUCAGGACCAUCUCAAACUAACCUUUGGUUGCAAACACUACAAGAGGAACUGCAAACUUCUCGUUGCCUGUUGCAACCAGCUUUAUACAUGCAGAUAUUGCCAUGAUGAGGUGGCUGAUCAUUCUAUGGAUAGGAAAUCUGUUACAAAGAUGAUGUGCAUGAAAUGCUUGAAAAUUCAGCCACUUGGACGCUCGUGUUCCACUGUUUCCUGCAAUAAUUUUUCCAUGGCAAAAUAUUAUUGCAAGAUCUGCAAGUUAUUUGAUGAUGAAAGAGAAAUCUAUCACUGUCCUUUCUGUAACCUGUGCCGAGUGGGGAAGGGAUUGGGAAUUGACUACUUUCACUGCAUGAACUGCAAUGCUUGCAUGUCACGUUCUCUUUCGGCUCAUACAUGUAGGGAGAAAUGUUUAGAGGAUAACUGCCCCAUCUGUCAUGAAUACAUCUUCACAUCUACCUCUCCAGUAAAGUGCCUUCCAUGUGGUCAUGCAAUGCACUCAACAUGUUUCCGGGAUUACACCUGUUCUCACUAUACCUGCCCAAUCUGUAGCAAGUCACUUGGGGACAUGCAGAUAUAUUUUAGAAUGUUAGAUGCACAGUUAGCCGAGGAGAAAAUUCCAGAUGAGUAUGCUGGAAUAACUCAGUCCAUACUAUGCAACGAUUGUGAGAAGAGAGGAACCGCACCCUUCCAUUGGCGUCACCACAAAUGCUCUUAUUGUGGUUCAUACAAUACUAGACUCACAUAGUUCCGAUUCAUUGUGAGUGGGAAUAGAUGCACCAUCAAGCUACUUGGCAUAGAAAGACAAGGUUGUAUAAAUGAUGUACAUGCUACCCAAUUAGGAUUAUGAAAGUACUCUGUAAUGAGGUUGUAAUUUUUCUAUUUGUCCACGAGAGAGAAUUUGAAAUUGUUAGCCCCUUUCUCUCUCUUUUCCAACAAUUUUUAGUUUGUGGAUUUUGAUAUUAUUCCUGAAUAAAUAAUAUUUUUUUUUUCUCUAGCA